AUGUCUGGGGGCACAGACGGGAUCGUACGGGAAGAAGCGGCGCGGGCGUUCCUGCACUCCGCAGACCGGCUGGGGGUGGAGGAAGGUGGAGCAGGGGCCACAAAGCUCAAGGCCCUCAUGUCGCCACUGCGGGGCUCCUCGGUGCCUCGCGAGCACCUGGAUGUGCUCUACAUCUCCACGGAGACGGCGGUGGCGCUGGCAUCCGUACUGGGCAACGUGUUGGUGGUGCUGGUAGUGAGCUACAGCCGAGCGCUGCGCGACACCACCUUCUGCUUCAUCGCGUCGCUGGCGCUGGCCGAUAUCGCCGUGGGCGCCCUGGUCAUCCCGCUGGCCGUGGUGGUCAGCCUGGGGCUGCAGACGCACUUCUACACCUGCCUCACUCUCUCCUGCCUCCUGCUGGCCAUCACCCAGAGCUCCAUCCUCUCCCUGCUGGCCAUCGCUGUCGACCGCUAUCUGCGCGUCAGGAUCCCCACCAGGUACAACCUGGUGGUGACACACCCACGUGCCUGGCUCGCCGUCUGCGUGUGCUGGCUGCUGUCGGCGCUCACGGGCGCCGUGCCACUGCUGGGCUGGCACAACCAGCCGCCACCGCGAAACCUCAGCGGCGGCGCCAUCGCCUGCACCUUCACCGCCGUCAUGAGCAUGGACUACAUGGUCUACUUCAACUUCUUCGGCUGGGUGGUGGCGCCACUGGUCAUCAUGGUCGCCCUGUACGCCGAGAUCUUCCGCAUCAUCCGGCGGCAGCUGAGCAAGCGAGCGGAGGCGACGAGCGACGCCGGGAAAUAUUUCAACAAGGAGCUAAAGCUGGCCAAGUCGCUGGGCCUGGUGGUGCUCCUGUUCGCCCUCUGCUGGCUGCCGCUGCACAUCAUGAACUGCAUACUCUACUUCUGCCCUAAGUGCCACGUGCCCAAGGGCGUCAUGUACUUGGGCAUCUUCCUAUCGCAUGUCAACUCCGCCGUCAACCCUCUCGUCUACGCGUUCCGCAUCGAGCGCUUCCGCACCACCCUUGUGCAGAUCUGUCACCGGUGCGCACCCUUUGGGAUUCGGGCCAGCCCCCCGCCGCUAGCUGAGAAGUCCGCCGCCAACCUGCAGGGGGCGAUGUUGGGAUGA